AUGGCAAGACUUGUCCUUUCUCUACUAUUGCUCUCCUUCGUCCUCUGCAUGGUUGGCAUGGCAGCGUCUGCCUCCAGCCCCACAGACUUCAUCAAGGCCUCAUGCAAGGCCACUCACUAUCCUGAGUUAUGUGUCGAAUGCUUGUCAGGUUAUGCUACUGUCAUUCAACGAAAUGAGCGACAUCUAGCUCUAACUUCCUUGUCAGUGAGUCUAGCCAGGGCUAGGUCAGCUGCAGCUUUUGUGACCAAGAUGACGCAAGUUAGGGGGAUUAAGCCUAGGGAGUACCAAGCGGUGAAGGAUUGCAUAGAAAACACUGGUGACAGUGUGGAUCGACUAAGCCAGUCAGCUAGAGAGGUUGGUCAUCUGGGUCGAGCUGUUGGUCAAGACUUUGUGUGGCAUAUGAGUAAUGUGCAGACUUGGGUUAGUGCUGCACUAACUGAUGAGAACACUUGCCUUGAUGGGUUUGCUGGCCAUCUAAUGGAUGGAAAUGUGAAGGAUGCCAUGAUGCACCGCAUCACCAAUGUUGCUCAGGUCACUAGCAAUGCGCUUGCACUGGUUAAUCGUUUUGCAUCUAGACACCGUGCCAAAGAUCCUUAG